GCACCUGUGGCUUUGAAGGUUAUAUAGUGGUCGGAUGUUUCUCGCAAUAAUGGGUUUGUUCCAUCAGAAUAGAUACUCAUUCCAUCUUAUAUCUACUAGACAGAUUUUAUACAUCAAUUACAAUGCCUCGCCCGUCAACUGUAUGUGACUUAUCAGCCAUCAUCGGUGUUUGGCCUGGUGACGAUCACCACUGCACCGGAAUCGCAACUACCCAACACCGUCGAUGCCGAUUGACCACCAAUGCACGAAAUCGUUCCGCGGCGUGUUCACUCAUCGAUGAGGGAAGCGCUCUGCUGGCCUCUGGUGAAGAGUGUAUCGACGAUAUCUUAGAAGAGCUGGCACCACUUACUCUGUGCGUUCGCUGGCAUCAAUAUCAAGCUAGUGGAGUCGCAAGCCAGUGGUCAGAGAAGGUAGACAAAUUCGUACAGAGACGCCGAGCUUCUUCGACAAGGAGAACCGGAGGACGUCGCUCAUCAGACAGACGGUCUAGUCCGAACACAGGACAUGGAGAUCAAGGAUACCAAUUCUUUUUCGGGGGGCCAAUUCAGAUACAAUUCCAGCAAAACAAUAUUUUCUUCAAUAUCGGUUCGCAUGAUGCCAGUCCUGAUGUUGUAUCUGGAAGCGCGAGCGCCGGACGAACGAGCACAUCAACAGCGAUCAACUCUCCAUCAAGCCAGAUCAGAACGUCAUCAACGGCACUGGCCCGUAGCACCCAGCAAGUGUCUCCGACAACAAGGGUAGCUACAUCUAGGAGUGGCGCCGCAACAAACACCACCACACCAAGACAGAGGCAGAUAGCAGCUGCGGCAACAACAACCACUCCGCGCCGUUUACCAGCACCAAGUAGACAAAGAACAACCACUGUCACCCGGAAACCUAUUGAAGGAGAAUGUGGAAUUUGCUAUCGCUCAAUAUUCGGUGAUCGUGAGGAUGAUGAUUCUGAAGUUGACGAUGAUUCUGAAGAUGACGAUGAUUAUAAAGAUGACGAUGAUUCUGAAGAUGAUGAUGAUUAUAAAGAUGAUGAUUCUGAAGACGACGAUGAUUAUUCUGAUGAGUCAGAGUCGGAAUCGGAGUCGGGCAUAACCCCAAGAACACCCCAGGAACCUCUGGUCUGGUGCAAAGCCCAGUGUGGACAAAAUUAUCAUAAAAGCUGCAUGGAUUUGUGGAUUCACUCAUGCGCGGAUAGCUCGCGUGCAGCUACUUGUCCGACAUGCAGGGCCAGAUGGAGACAAUAGUUAUUUACCUGAAUUACCGUUUUGUGUUUCAUUUAGGCUUCGUGCGGAGGAUGGCGUUUAGACACUACGAUUAUCUGCUUAGAAUUGUGAUGCCUAUGUUUAUUUAUCGAUUUAGAAAUUUCAUUUUGAACUCUUGAUUAAA